CCUAGCGCGAGCAUCACUGCGCAUCGAGCUGGACGCAGAGAUCGAGCCUCCGCCCGAACAGCGGACAUAUGAAGGCUGUGUGCCCGGGACCGCCUGUCUACUCUCCCGUUUGCGGUGAUUCCUGUCGUCGUUUGCUCUCUAUGGAUGUGAAGUAAGACGUGCUUCGUCGGUGUCCUCCCCGUCUCUCUGCGCUUCUCCCCGCUCGGUCAGGACCGCAUCCUUCCCAGAUUCACAAAAUGGCGGACAUCACUGAGCUGCGACCCACCUACGCCAUGUCCCCCGUCCUGGCGGGCUUUCUGGGCGCUGGCGUUCUGGUUCUGGUCGUGGUAAUUCUAGUUCUGCUGUGGUCUUUCUGUCAGCGCCGCUACCUUCGUAUCUCUGGCCGAUACAAGCUCCAUGGCGACCGUUACUGUGAUGCUGAGGACCCGCCCUACAAGUUCAUUCACAUGCUGAAGGGCAUCAGUAUUUACCCAGAAUCCCUCAGCAGCAGUAAGAGGAUUGUGCGUGGGAUUCGCCGCGCUGACCGGUCAGACCGUGAUGGAGACCGAGGUUGCUCUAACACCAUGGGCCGGGGUAUGGUACUGGUGGACGCUGAGAACAACAUCCUGGACGUCCCAGGCCAGCUUCAGAUGAGUCACCUUGUUCCACCCAGUGCAUCUGGUCCUGCCCACAGCCAGGCUCGGUUGGAGCGGGCUCUGCCGGUUCGUGCAGACUACUGCUGCCUGGACAGCAGCUCAGCUAGCAGCAGCCAGACCAGCAGCAAGACGGCAUCACCCUUCACACCUGCUUCAUCAGAGCCGGAACCCGAGCCGAGUCUGGGCGCCAUCAGCCUCACCGUGGAUUACAACUUCCCCAAGAAGGCCCUGGUGGUGACCAUCGUCGGGGCCCGGGGCCUCCCCGCAAUGGAUGAACAGGCGGGUAGCUCGGACCCCUAUGUGAAAAUGACCAUUCUGCCUGAGAAGAAGCACCGCGUCAAGACCCGUGUGCUGAGGAAGACCCUGGAUCCACUGUUUGAUGAGACCUUCACCUUCUAUGGUGUGGCCUACAGCUCACUGCCCGAGCUCACCCUGCACUUCCUGGUGCUGAGCUUUGACCGUUUUGCCCGCGAUGAUGUCAUUGGGGAGGCAGUUGUGCCACUGAAAGGUGUCGAUCCAAGCACGGGCCGAGUCCACCUUAGCCAGCAGAUCACCAAGAGGAACAUGCAGUGUGACAGUCGUGGUGAGCUGCUGGCAUCUCUGUCCUAUCAGCCGGUGUCUCAUCGUCUCAGCGUUGUCGUCCUGAAAGCUCGACAUCUGCCCAAGAUGGACAUCACCGGCCUGUCAGCCAACCCCUACGUGAAGGUGAAUGUUUUCUAUGGCCGCAAACGCAUCGCCAAGAAGAAGACUCAUGUGAAGAAGUGCACCCUGAACCCAGUCUUCAACGAGUCCUUCAUCUACGACAUUCCCCCCGAGCUGCUGCCCGAGAUCUCUGUGGAGUUCUUGGUGGUCGACUUCGACCGGACCACCAAGAACGAAGUGCUGGGCCGCCUGCUGCUCGGCCUCCAUAGCCCCUCCCCCUCCGGCACCACCCACUGGAGGGAGGUGUGUGAAAACCCCCGUCGGCAGAUCUCCAAGUGGCACAACCUGAGCGAGUACUGAAGAGGCGGAGUCGCAGCGAAUGGUGUCGACGGGCUGGGACUCGACCAGUGACCAACACUGGAAAUAAAGACUCGGUGUACAUAAACACACACACACAUACACACACACACACACACUGUUGGUGAUCAUAGAUAAACUCUGUCUCUGUGACUGAGUUUAAACAGCGACGGCUUUAAGGACACUACGUGACCACAAACAGAUCUGCUUGUGUUAGUUCGACCAUUCGCUCUGUUUCCCAUAAGGCUGGAAGUCAACGAUUCAGAUCAGACCCUUCAGUCGAACCCUGCUGUGGUCCCCACCACACAAGAUGAGAGUAAAAGGCUUUUUUUAAUUUUUAUUUUAACCACAGUUACUUAUUUACACUGUUACCCAGAAAACACAAAUGACAAGGGAGGAAAACAAACAACAAUCAGUGAGCAGGAAUUAAAUAAUCUGCCGGAGUCGUUAAAGACGACCAUAUGGAGGCUCUUAAAGGCAGCACUAAUUGAACCACACUUAAAUAAAAAUCAAAUAGCAUAAAGUAGAAAAAAGAAAAAAAAAGUCAUAAUUAAAUCUUAGAAAGCCCUUUUUUAAUAUGGUAUAAUAUUACCAUAGUGGCCCCGAACGCUGCAGCCACUGUUGGUUCGAUUUAAUAACAGGCUUUUGCUUCAUCAUAUUUGACAUUUCAUGAUAUCUCAAUUUCUAUUAAUACAUUUCAUCCAGAUAAACCUACAUCUGGUAAUAUUGAGACUUUCUUUGUAAAUAUGUGAUUAUUUUUUGACCCUAAUACACCUUCAUAUUUAAUUAUCAUAUUUAAUGGGUGAAAUAAAACAGUUGCAGUUACAGUGAACAUGGACAUGUAACAAUUUCUAUUUACAUUUUUUAUCUAAGAUUGUUUUGCUAGAAACAUGCAAGAGAGGACAGUGACCUUAAACUUUCAGCAGCGUUUCUUAAACAUGAAUCCAGCUCUGGAAAGCUGAAGGUUUUCUAUAUGUCCCAGGCCUCCUUGGUUUUUCCAGACCUCUUAUAUUUAAUGUAAGGUCACUGCUCCUGUAUCAGGUCAAGUCUUUAAGAUCUAUUUCGUGUCAUGUUCCUUCAAACCGUCGCUUCUUAAACUCUAUGCUCUUUCUCUCUAACCACAACUACACAGCAGAAAAAAGUUUUUAAACCAUAAAAUAAUCUGAGACCACGAUGGGAGGGGUGGGGGGAGGGAGGGGGGAGGUUCUCCAAAGUCAUAGAAAAACAAAACAUAUCUUAAGGAAAAAAAAAACUCCCUUUCUUGCUGUCGUCAUGCAGUUCAUCGCAUGUGUGUCCGAAAAAAGAAAAACAAAAGACGAGCUGCUGAAAUCACUCCAACUGACAGGUGUGACAGAAAACAAGAUGCCCCGUAUGUAUAUGAAUCGGCUCCGCAUCGCUUCACUCAUCAGUUACGACGUCGACCAACUGAACAGCGGACGAAGGCUUCCUCUGAGAUUCAACGCCGGGUUUGUGUAGAGGCCGAGAGCAGCUGAGUCCCGUCAGUGUAGCACAGAACGCAAAGAAAACGUCCUCUGUGGUGGCGGAGAAAAGACAGGAAACAAGUGGUUUUAUCUCAACACGUGAUCAUGUUCACAUUAUUUUCAAAACCAACUGUUCCUGUCAUGAAAUUCAGUGUAAUUAAUGGUCAGACAAAUAAUAGUUUAUACCACUAUCAUAGAAUGAGCUGAGUUUAAUUAAAGGAGGACAUUCCCUCAAAAAAAGCAGGAGUCAUUUAUUGGCAUCAAACUUACUGGCAUUACAAUAAGGGUACAUUCAUUAAUAUUAUAAUGAAUAAAAUAAUGUUUCUUUUGAUCAUCUAUAGUUUUGUUCAUGUUAAAGAAGCAACUCGUAAAUUUUUUUUUGUGUUGGGGAAGAGAAUACUUCACAAAACAUUUUCAUAUCAGUCAAUACAGAUUGUUACUGAUAAAUAUUAACUCUUUUGUUUGUUUAAAUGCUGAUUUGUGGUCCUGAAUGAAAGUUUGUGGUUUUAAACCUUUCAUUGGAGACUGAGAUUUAGCAUUCAUUUUGUUUAUUUUGAUUUAAUGCGUUGAAAACUGACAUAUCUGGGUCUCAGUUCAGUAAGAUAAACAUAAAGGAUGAUUAUUUGGGUAAAAACCCAAAAACCUGAAAUGUUUUAUCUGCUUUAACCAAGAUUGUAAACAAAAUCCUAAAGACAUCAAGAAAAUAUAACUAUAGCCAGAAUAAUCAGUAUAAUUAUUAUCACCCAGACCUGAUUUACAGUAAUUAGUCCUAAAUUAUUACUAUUUGUAGUAACUGGGAAAUGGUGUUAAUUUAUUCAUUAUUUGCUAUAAUGAAAACGCUACUGACAGUUAACUGUUAAGUAAUGUUCCCUUACUGUAAAAAUAAACAGAUGCCACAUAUGUAGUUGUGGAAGUAUACAAGCCAUGUUUUCAUAAAUGUAUGGACUGAAUUGGAUUUGAUUGUCAUAUAAGAAAUGGCAAAAAUUUCUAUUAAUGGUUUUCAUUCAGGUUUUUAAAGUAACUAUUUCCAUCAUUCUCUGUUAUAGUCAGAUGUAAAUGAACUGUGGCCAAAACAGAACUAAAUCAGUGCUAUUAAUCAGUACAUUUUAUGUAAUAACUUGGACGAGCUGCAUUUAUCACAACUUCACACUUUCACAGCCAAAUUCUGUCAGUAAAUGUGUCAGAUCAGCUGCAGCGAUUUGUCGAUUAUAUUUGUCUUCCAAUGAAAGUGAAUCAAUCUUUCAAGUAAACAGAUAAAACGUAACUAAAAAUUGUUCAUUUUCCACGCUAAAAACAGACGAAGUUCUGUUUGCUAUGACUGUUUUUUUUUUUUUUUUUCUUUUUUUUUUACCUGAAUCACUGAAGCCCGAUCAAAAUUUGUCUCUUAAAACAUUCAUAUGAGGCGACCCCUAUAAUUAUCACAGUAAAUGUCAAAGCACCAUUUCUUUGUGGUUUAACAGCUGGUUUUUGGUCCAGAAGUAAAAAUAGAAGAAAAAUCAUAAGGUUGACUAAGAGGAAAACACACCUGUUAGAUUUGUGAUUUAGUGCUUAUCUUGUUCCAUCAAGAUGAAAACAUAAAAGAAAGUCAAAAAACAAAAACGUUCAAAUACUAUCGAGGUGUCUCAGCUGAGAAUGUGAACAAAUUAAAUAUGUUUAUCAUGGUAACUGUGAUUAUCACCAUAUAAACCUAUGUAUUGCAGUUUUUGUUGUUUUCAUUUCCUGGCCCUGACUGAAACUGUCAUCUGAAAUGCGUUAAUCUAAACAUGAAUCUGUGGCAAUUAUAAAGCAUGUUAAAACAAGAAACUAAGGACAGGUUAGUUUGAACACAUUUCAGACUUUUCCUCGGCUGCUCUCAGCCUCCUCCUCUUCCUCUUUGUCUCAUCCUGUACAUUUUCUAUUCACCUCAUUUCUUCUCUUUUGCACUUUUUCUGGGAGGACUCAACCUGCUGGUGGCGCCGUUGUAUUUGUGAUUUAUUCUGGGUCGACAGUUAUACGGCUGCGAAUAAAUAUUUGUCUGAAAAUGUAGAAUAUUGGGUUUAACUGAGCGAUGGCCGACUGUUCAGCAGAGGUGAUGGCUCUGUUUAGUGUGAAAGCACAUUUAGUCCAAAUUCCACCUUAAAUCUGCUCGCUAACAUUUAAUAACCUCUGUGAAACUAAACAAUAACUUAGAGAAAAGACCCAAAAAUGCCACAAACGGACCAACACGAGUCCAGAGGAACGUGUCCUGUGAACUGUAGAUUUGUACAGAUAUGAACAUGUUUGCUGGUUCCCUUCCUGUCUGAUUGUCCUCGGAGCUUUUAGUGUGUUUGAGCGCCCCCUGCUGUAGACCUGGAUGCUAACCUCUGUGUUGGGUUUGUUAACACUCAUUGGACGUGCAAAUAAAAAAAACAAGUUAGCCAUGAA